AUGAGUGGCUGCGUCGGAAACCUAAGUGCACAACAAGAAGAAACAUUAAAUACAUUUCGUUCUAAAUUUACCGACAUCUUGCCAUCAGAAGAACUCAAUGAUGAUUAUUUCCUGCUAAGAUGGCUAAGAGCGCGAAACUUCGAUUUGCAAAAAUCGGAACAAAUGUUAAAGCAGCAUUGCCGAUUUCGUAAGGAAUGGAAAAUUGAUAAACUGGUCGCGGAAGACGACUUGCCUGAGUUUUGGCGCAAUUACUAUCCUGGAAAUUACAUAGGAUACGAUAAAGAUGGAGCGCCUUUAUUCUAUGUUAAUGUAGGCAAGUUUGAUGUGAAAGGUCUAUAUUUAUCCUUGAAGUCCGAGGAAUUAACAAAAUACACCUUAGCAGUGCCGGAAAAAGGCAUGCAAUUAUGUGCCGAACAGAGCAAGAAGGUGUUAGGAAUCCUAGAAGACAAUUAUCCAGAAUUCAUGAAACAUGUUUUUGUCGUUAAUGCUAAUUAUGCUCAAGUACUCAUGGAAUAUGUUGAUAAAGACGUUAUACCGAAAGCUGUAGGCGGUAAUCUUGUCGAUGAAAACGGCGAUCCAAAUUGCAUUGCGAUGAUUGGACAUGGCGGUGAAGUUCCAAUAUCUUAUUAUCGCUCUGAGCUGCUUAAAGAAUCUGCUCACCCUUUAGAAGACUUUACAUCAGUAGUCAUUGCUCGAGGAGACUCAUUAAAAUUAAAUUACGAUAUUGAAGAUUCCGGUACUCUUUUAAAAUGGGAAUUUAAAACGGAGUAUCGUAAUAUCGGAUUUGGUGUUAUAAAAGUGAUUAAGAGCGAUGAUGGAAGUGAAGAAAAUUACGAAGUGAUUCCUGUUAUGCGAAGAAACUGUCAAAUUGUACUGGAAGAAGGUAGUUACCUAUGCGAAGAUCCUGGAACGUAUAUUUUGCAUUUCGAUAAUAGCUUCAGUUGGAUUAGGAGCAAAAAUUUGCACUACAUUAUCGAAGUUGUACCAGCAGAUAAAACUAUGCCUGAGAAACUAGAUACGGACUCUCCAUUAGAUAAGGCAACUGUCAAUGGAAAUAGUGACCAAAAUUAA